GCGAUGCAGUCGCAGGAGGGAGCAGGCCAGCCGGCGGAGCGAGCGAGCGAGAUGAGGAGGAGGAGAUGAUCGGGGAUCGAUGCAGCUUCAACCAAGCAUCACAGCGCUGAGAGCAGAGGACUGCUUGACUGUCGCUUGCAGGAAGAGCUGACGGGUCUAUGGUCCAACGUCAAGUUUGGGUGUUAGCGAGUAGAUACUGCGGGCUCUAUAGUUGACACAGCAGGCGGCAGCGGAAGCUUUCUCCCAGCAUGGCUAGUCGUUUCCUCGCACUCGUUGGAUAAGAGUCCAGACCCAGCCUCUGCUCUUGCACACCUAGACGCGACAUCGAGCAGCUUUCAUGGACCCUUCGUUAGCAAGGCAGAGAUCGGUUGCCUCCAUCCCGUCCAAGUUUGAAACAAUCCUGCAUGACGGCGGGAAGGAGAAAGAUGCUUUCUGGACCAGGACCCAUCGCUUCUCCUACUCGGAGAACGAGCUGCCAGGACCAGGGCAGUACUACAAACCAAAGACCAAUCAGACGAAUCCCUCUCAGUCGGUGAAGGGCUACACAGGCAUGGUGAGCAAGUCGCAACGAUUCUCGCGUCCUCGCCGCGCCACGGCGCCAUGUCCAGGGUCUUAUGACCCCGUUCGAGGGUUUCUGGCCGUCCAUUCACGGAAGGACUUCAAUUUUGGCGCCUCCCGCGCUUUCUGCCAGCCCAUCGUGUCCCCCGACUACGUGAAGGGCAGAAGGUCCAACAACACGACCGGGCCCGGCCCAGGGCAGUACGAGGCCAGCGUCGAUCUCACAAGCCCGCGGUAUGCUGGGAAGAAAGUUCCCUUUAGUUCGGGCACAGAGAGAUUCCACGAGCUCAAGAAGGCGUACGGGACAGGGGAAGGAGCAGGAGAGUAUGACUACGAAAGUAUCGCAAGGAUCACUGGAGCCUUCAACGAGCUGAACAAGAAGGUUCCUAGUGCUGCCUUUCGAAGUCGCACUGGAAGGAAAUUCGACUACAUGCGGGCAAGCAGGGACAAUCCUCUUGACGCUCUCAAACCGCAUCCUUCCCUCGGGCCAUCGCUCGGCAUUCAUGUGGAUAUCAAGCCCAACCAACUGAAACCGGAGAUGAUGCCAGGACCAGGAUACUACAACCCUCGGGCCGCCGAAGAAUACUCGUUGCAGAAGCUCCGACAUUCGGCGACAUUUGUCCCAUCGAAACAAGACCGGUUCGCUCAACCAGCAGAGAAAUACAAAGCAACACCUGGUCCGGGUGCUUACGAGGUGCUCAAGGAUCAAUCACAAAAAGUGGAGGCGACGAUGUCGGCGUUUGUCUCUAGCACAGAGAGAGAGGUGGACAUCAAGGCGAGGACCGUGGCACCGGGCCCCGCGUACUACAACCCGAACGUGAUUCGCAAGAAGUCGUUCCAUUACAACUCGAACCAGCGAUGGGUCUGAGCUGGCAGCAACCAGUCUUCACUUGACACCUUUCAUGGUUCCCCUCAAGGCUGGUUGGAAUAAAAUCGAACUGAGGCC